AUUGACUCCAUCAAAGCCAUCGCUGAUUGCUGCAGUGGUACUUGGAUUUCCAUGCAAUCACGAGGGUUUCCUGGCCACCAUUAUGAAUCCCACUUCCACCCUUUUAUGAUUUGUUCAUGUGUGUCAUUAGAGGAGUUGCAGACUGAGUUGCUGGUGGCGUUGUCGGAGCUUAGAUGAAUCAUUGGACUGAGAGCUUGAUGCUAAGGCCUGCAAGCUUCGAAGGAAGUUUAGAGCUCUGAAGCUGGGUCAUCCAUCGAAGGAGUUUUUGAUGAGACAGACAGUGUAGGAAGGAAAACAUUGCUUGCGUUUUGCAGGAGUUUUGGGUCUAAUCUCGAGACAGCCAUGGGUCGACAGCCACAUCCAUGUUGCGAUGCCUCUUCGAGUAAUAUAUUUGGGGAGUUGGAGCCGGAAAAGUUUUACACCAAGCAUGAGGUGUCUUAUUUCGAAGACAUGCUAUUGAAUUCGCGGGGUUUGAGGCAAUGUUGGCGAUCGUGGGUGCCGGUGGACAGAGAAGUUCGGGGCGUGGUGUGUGUGUGUCAUGGCUAUGGCGCUGACGCGGGAUGGUUAGUGCAGCUCACGUGCAUCGCCAUUGCGAAGGAGGGUUAUGCAGUGUAUGCUAUUGACCAUCAAGGUCAUGGUAAAUCCGAAGGUCUCAAGGGGCAUGUUCCUGAUAUCAAGGUCGUCGUCGACGACUGCAUUGCCUUCUUUGAUUCCAAGCGGGGAUCCCACAAGGGUAUGUCCUUUUUCUUGUAUGGCGAGUCCAUGGGUGGUGCCAUCGCUUUGCUCAUUCAUCUUCGGCAACCGGAGCUUUGGCAAGGAGUCGUUCUCAAUGGCGCCAUGUGCGGGAUUGGCAAAUUUAAGCCCCCUUGGCCAGCUGAACAUCUGCUUGGCUUUAUCUCGGGUAUUAUUCCCACGUGGCCAAUCGUUCCUACGAAGGAUAUACCUACUGUAUCUUUCAAGGAGCCUUGGAAGCGCGAACUUGCUCGUAAUAAUCCUAACAGUUUCUUCCUUCUUUUCCUUUUAUUAUUUCCCCGUCCGCGAUUCAGCAUAAUUUGCCCCCAUGUACUCUGGAAGGCCUCGGGCCGCCACAGCUCAGGAAUUUCUGCGAGUUGUGAAGGAAAUCGAGGGUCGGGCAUCAGAGGUCACAGCCCCGUUGCUUAUGUUACAUGGAGGCCUUGACGUGGUGUGUGAUCCGGACGGUGUCAAAAUGCUGCAUCAAAAUGUAAGUUGCGCAGACAAAGCUUUGCAUGUCUACCCAGAUAUGUGGCACCAGCUAGUGGGAGAACCCUCUGAAGGACUUGAGCAAGUGUUCGGUGACAUGUUUUCUUGGCUGGAAGCACAUCUUCCUCCACAAGUUAGCACUUGAACAUCCUGAUAUCCUCAUUGAAGCGUUUUGAAUGCUGUAGUUAUCGUUACUCUGCCAUGGCAUUUGCCCUGUGUUAAAUGGAAUCCUCACCUGGAUUUAAUUUCGAAAACAGAUUGGUCACAUGGAUUGGCUUCUUGCACCCCAGCUGGGCUUUUUAUGUACCGUUGUAGAAUCUUACAAUUUGGUGAUCUAAGUAACUUCUCCACUGUAUCACAUGAAUUGCAGUGUUUCUGAUAA